CUUCGACCUACCUACAUGUAAUGCACCUGGUCUGCUCACACAGACACAUACCUAGCAACGCCAAACUGCGGCUGAUAUAAAAUCGCUCCAAAUAGCGCGUGGAUAACCGAAGCUGGCUAGCUGGAUACCUGCGCAGCAAUAGACAGCAGAGAUGAACGUCAUUGAAUGGGCCUUUGGCAAGCGCAUGACGCCAGCAGAACGUCUGCGCAAGCAUCAACGAGCGCUCGAGAAGACACAGCGAGAACUCGACCGCGAACGCACGAAGCUCGAGAAUCAAGAGAAGAAGCUGGUGCAAGAGAUCAAGAAGAACGCAAAGAAUGGACAGAUGGGAGCCGUCAAGGUGCAAGCAAAGGAUCUCGUGCGAACGAGGAGAUAUAUCCAGAAAUUCUACCAGAUGCGAACACAGCUGCAGGCCAUAUCGCUACGAAUACAAACUGUCCGAAGCAAUGAGCAGAUGAUGCAAAGCAUGAAAGGUGCCACGCAAUUGCUCGGUAGCAUGAAUCGGCAAAUGAACCUUCCAGCACUACAACGCAUAGCUAUGGAGUUCGAAAAGGAAAACGAUAUCAUGGACCAGCGGCAAGAGAUGAUGGACGAUGCCAUCGACGACGUCACGGGCCUCGAGGACGAGGAGGAGAGCGAAGAAGUCGUCGGGCAGGUACUGGACGAGCUGGGAGUUGAUUUGGGUCAGCAGCUUGGGGAAACGCCUACGGGCCUGCAGAAGAAUGCGGCGGCCGAAGGCAGAGUUGCAGAAGCCAUUGGCGGCGGUGACCCGGGUGAUGAUGACCUCCAGGCUCGACUCGACAGUUUACGACGAUAACGAUAUGCAUGACGAAUAUGAGGCCUCCGAUACCUGAAUACAUCAACGUCUGGUUGGUAACUCCGGAGUGUCCGUAUGUGCUUCCACGAGGCACUGUUUGCACACCGCCAUUACAGUGUUUGAGCAGCUUGUGGUGGAACUCACAACGUGGCGUGGCUGGCCAACGCAGGUUAUUCUGAUACCCAUGAUACGUAUAUGUACCUUUGACGUGGUGAUAAGCAAGGCGCAUAGUGGAGCUGUGUUUGCGAUGCCAUGACCACGAAAAUUUCCUGCCAUGUCCACGCAUUUCGCAGGAGCAAG